UUUUUGUGUGUGUGUGUGUUGUUGGUUCUGUGCGUGUAUCACCCCGCCGCGGCAUCUAUGCGUGUUUUAAAAACCUGAGGCGAGGGAGGCAGCGGCUCAUGCGACCCGCCCUCCGCCAUUCUCGGCGGGGCCGCAGGGGGUGCGUGUCCCUUUAAGAAGAGGAGGGGGGGGAGAAACCCCGCCAGCCUCCUCGGCUGAGCAGCGGCAGGAGGAGAAGGCGGCAGCGGCCGCCCCCAAGGCUGGAAGCAUGGCGGACACAGACCUCUUUAUGGAAUGCGAGGAGGAGGAGUUAGAGCCGUGGCAAAAAAUCAGCGAUGUGAUCGAGGACUCUGUGGUUGAAGAUUACAAUUCAGUUGACAAAACCGCUACGGUUUCGGUGAGCGUGCAGCCGGUCGCCACUCCCAUGCCUAUCGUCGCCCACGGGUCCAUCGGCAGCAACCUCUCUACGCCUACGCCCGUCAGCAGCAGUGGGCCGGUCAACAGCGAUGGGACGAAGAAGACCCUCGUCACGCUCUUCGCAAACAACAGCGCUGGCACUCCUCUGGUCCAGCAGGGUGGGCAGCCCCUCAUCCUCACGCAGAACCCCGCCUCCGGCCUAAGCACCGUGGUGACCCAGCCAGUCCUCCGGCCCGUGCAGGUCAUGCAGAACGCCAACCACGUCACCAACGCCCCAGUGACCAGUCAACCCAUCUUCAUCACAACCCAGGGUUUCCCCGUGCGGAACGUCCGGCCGGUGCAGAACACCAUGAACCAGGUGGGGAUCGUCCUGAACGUACAGCAGGGCCAGACGGUGAGGCCCAUCACACUCGUCCCAGCCCCAGGUACCCAGUUUGUGAAGCCUGCUGUCGGCGUCCCUCAAGUCUUCUCCCAAGUGGCCCAGGUGAGACCAGGACCGACCAUGCCGGUCCGACCGCCCUCCAACACUUUCACCACGGUCAUUCCGGCCACCCUUACCAUCCGGAGCACGGUCCCGCAGUCCCAGGCACAGCCGCAAAGUAAGUCCACUCCCAGCAUCUCCACCACUGCUUCUUCAACGCAACCAGCAGCAGCAUUGGGACAGUUAACUGUACAGCAGCCAGGGCAGUCCUCUCAAGCUACUAACCCCAAAUUAGUGAGCAUCGCCAGCUUCGUGACGGUGAAGAGGCCUGGCGUGACGGGCGAGAACAACAACGAAGUGGCAAAGCUGGUGAACACACUGAACACGGUGCCGUCGCUAGGCCAAAGCUCAGGACCCCUCGUUGUCCCCAACAACAGCCCUGCCCACGGCUCCCAAAAAGUGGGCGUGUCCGAAUCCUCGUCCCUGAAAGUCAGUUCUUCUCCGAUCCCCGCCUUCGAUUUGCAGGACAGCGGAAAGAAAGUCUGUCCGAGGUGCAACGCCCAGUUUAGAGUCACUGAAGCUUUAAGAGGCCAUAUGUGCUACUGCUGCCCUGAAAUGGUGGAAUUCCUCAAGAAAGGGAAGCCCUCCGAGUCUGAACCAAAUAUCCAGUCCCCCAAGGCCUCCUCCCCGGAGAAGAACGCCGCAGUCGCCUCACCCCCUUCCUCCACCCCCAUCCCCGCGCUCUCGCCGCCGGCCAGGGUAUCUGAGCAAAGCGACGGCACGGGGGACGUGUUGCAGAGCAAGCUGAUCAUGUUGGUGGAUGACUUCUACUACGGCAGGGACGGAGGCAAAGCCAGCCAGCUGCUGAAUUUCCCCAAGGUGCCGACGUCCUUCCGGUGUCCCCACUGCACCAAGAGGCUCAAGAAUAACAUACGGUUUAUGAAUCACAUGAAGCACCACGUCGAACUGGAUCAGCAGAACGGGGAAGUGGACGUCCACACCAUCUGCCAGCACUGUUACCGGCAGUUCAACACUCCCUUCCAGCUGCAGUGCCACCUGGAAAACGUCCACAGCCCUUACGAAUCGACCACAAAAUGCAAGAUCUGCGAGUGGGCGUUUGAGAGCGAGCCCAUGUUCCUGCAGCACAUGAAGGACACCCACAAGCCGGGAGAGAUGCCCUACGUCUGCCAGGUCUGCCAGUACCGCUCCUCCCUCUACUCCGAGGUGGACAGCCAUUUCCGGAUGGUGCACGAGGACACGCGGCAUCUCCUCUGCCCGUACUGCCUCAAGGUCUUCAAGAACGGCAACGCUUUCCAGCAGCACUUCAUGAGGCAUCAGAAGAAGAGUGUCUACCACUGCAACAAGUGCCGCCUUCAGUUCCUCUUUGCCAAGGACAAAAUCGAGCACAAGCUACAGCACCAUAAAACGUUCCGCAAGCCCAAGCAACUGGAGGGGCUGAAACCCGGCACCAAGGUGACCAUUCGGGCCUCCAGGGGUCCACCCCGGUCGGUGCCUAUUUCUUCCAAUGACGUGUCCCCAGGCUUCAUGCAGGACCCCAACUUGAUGUCGGCUUCUUCAGACCCUCAGCCCAACUUCCCGUACCCGCCAUUCCAGAGGAACAUCCAGAAGAAGGCCGUCAGGAAAAUGAGUAUCCUCGGCAGGCAGACCUGCCUGGAGUGCAGUUUCGAAAUCCCGGACUUCCCCAACCACUUCCCCACCUACGUUCACUGCUCGCUGUGCCGCUACAGCACCUGCUGCUCGCGCGCCUACGCCAACCACAUGAUCAACAACCACGUUCCUCGCAAGAGUCCGAAGUACUUGGCCUUGUUCAAAAACUACACCACCUGUGGGGUGCGGCUGGCCUGCUCCGCCUGCCUCUUCGCGACAUCAGAAGGCGACGCCAUGGCCAAGCACCUGGUCUUCAACCCCACGCACGAGUUCAGCAACGUCGUCGUACGAGGUUCGACCUGGACUUCACUUCCAAGGAACAGCCAGCCUUUCGACGGAGGCACGGAAGCUCCAGCCACCGCUCAGCCCCCGAGCCAAGUCGCUACUGUGAACACAGAAUCGCCUCUGCCUGAGGAGGAGGAGGAGGAAGAGGAGAAGAACGAGGUGGCACCCCAGGAGGCGCACGAGCCCAUCCAGGAGCCUGCCGCUGCCCCUGAGGAAGAGUGCUUGAACGUGGAAGAAGAAGACCGGGAGGAGGAGGAAGAAGAGGAGCAGCCGGCGAAGGAGCCGCCCGAACCUGUCAGCAAGAAGGAGCAGCUGUCGGUCAAGAAGCUCCGGGUGGUGCUCUUUGCCCUGUGCUGCAAUGCGGAGCAGGCGGCCGAGCACUUCAAGAACCCCGCCAGGCGGAUCCGGCGCUGGCUGCGGCGCUUCCAGGCCUUCCAGGAGGAGAACGUGGCCGCCCUGUCCGAGGGCAAGUACCUGAGCCUAGAGGCGGAGGAGAAGCUGGCGGAGUGGGUCCUGACGCAACGCGAGCAGCAGCUGCCGGUCAACGAGGAGACCCUCUUCCAGAAGGCCACCAAGAUCGGGCGCUCCCUGGAGGGGGGCUUCAAGAUCUCCUACGAGUGGGCGGUGCGCUUCAUGCUGCGGCACAACCUCAGCACCCACAGCCGCCGGGCGGUGGGCCACCCCCUGCCCAAGGACGUCGAGGAGAGCGCCGGCAGCUUCGUCGAGUUCGUGCAGCGGCAGAUCCACACGCAAGACCUGCCGCUCUCCAUGAUCGCCGCCCUGGACGAGAUCUCCCUCUUCCUGGACGCCGAGGUGCUGUCCAGCGACGACCGCAAGGAGAACGCCCUGCAGACGGUGGGGACGGGCGAGCCGUGGUGCGACGUCAUCCUGGCCGUCCUGGCCGACGGGACCGUGCUCCCCACCCUCGUCUGCUACCGGGGCCGCGUGGAGCAGGCCGCCAGCGUGCCGGAGACCAUCCUCCUGGAGUCCAAGGGGAGCGGCUACCACGACGACGAGGUCAUGGAAGUGUGGGCCUCCAAAGUGUGGCAGAAGCACACCGAGGGCCAGAACAGCAAGGGGAUGCUGGUGCUGGACUGCCACCGGACGCACCUUUCCGAAGAGGUGCUCUCCCUGCUGAGCGCCUCCAGCACACUGCCGGCCGUGGUGCCCGCCGGCUGCAGCUCCAAGCUCCAGCCCCUGGACGUGUGCAUCAAGCGGACCGUGAAGAACUUUCUGCAAAAGAAAUGGAAGGAGCAGGCCAGGGAGAUGGCCGACACUGCCUGCGACUCGGCCAUCCUCCUCCAGCUGGUCCUCUGCUGGCUGGCCGAGGCCCUGGAAGGAAUCGCCGACUGCCCCGAGCUGGUCCAGCAGUCCUUCCUGGUGGCCAGCGUGCUGCCCGGCCCCGACGGCACAGCCAACACCCCGGCCCGCAACGCCGACAUGCAAGAGGAGCUCCUCGCCUCGCUGGAGGAGCAGCUCAAGCUGGGCCGGGAGCCCCAAGACGAUGACGACGACGAGCAGGACGGGCGGCCUAACGGCGCCCCCCGCCGCGAGGAGUCGGCUGGCCCCGAGAUCCUCCACCAGCUCUUCGAAGGGGAGAGCGAGACCGAGUCCUUCUAUGGCUUCGAGGACGCUGAGCUGGAGCUGAUGGAGAUCUAAGGGGCCCAGCCCCAGUCCCCGAGGGGGGAGGGCUCUCGGUCCCCCCCCCCUUUGCCUUGGACAAGGCUGUGGUCGCCUCCCUGCUGAUCGGAGUGCCCCGGAGCCACGUCGGCAACACGCAGACUAAGAGCCGUGGACGGCGUUCCUUUCCCAAGGGUUUCUUUCUGGGUUUUUUGUUUUGUUUUGUUUCUUAAAUCACUGUGUUGGUAUUUUCUGAAGAGAUCUUGUGGGUGAACUUUUUUUUUUUUUUUGCCAUUUUUUCUUUUACCUCACUUGUACUAUAGUUUCCGGUUUGUUUUUCUAUUGUGCAAAAAAAAGGUUUUUAAUUAUACUACGUCAUCCACGUGACUUUUCCAAAAGACGAGGGACACCAGUAUGUAGCUUAAUGGAUCCGUGUUUCUAAAUCUUUUUCGUUCUUGUCUUAUUUUGUCUUAACACCGUUUCUCUCCCCUCCCUUCCCCCCCUUAACACUUGGACCCAGAGAAGUAGGAUCGCGCAGUAAUUCCACCUCCUCCUCCCCACCCCCCUAUGAUUACUUUAACACAUGAACCAUUCUAGAACUGCCCACAGAAAUUUGGAGGGGGGUGGGUUCAUUUUUAAAUGAAAAGAGCAGCCAGUUCUAUGUGUGCGUCGUCGUCCGUGGGAGGGAAAGGGUGAAUCCCACCUGUUCUUUUGCCAGCCAGUAAAAUGAAAAGUUAUUUGGACUUCCGGACGGUUGACAUGGUAGUUUGCCUUUCUGCAGUCGAACAGCCGUUGGUCAACUGCUCCCGGGAGCUGUUGACAAAGUCGUACUACCCUGGUGGGGGUGGGCCUUAAGUCCAUUUCGGCCAGUCCUUCCGGGUAGGCAGUUUGAGAGUGAAUUCUAUACCUGGACCACUGACUUAACCUUUAUAAAACUGUCCCUAAGCUACUGCGGCCUGUUUUCCUCGGACGGCAUCCAGAAGACACUACGCUCCCCUCGAAGGCCGUCCGCUCCGAUCGAACCCAGCUGCGACAUGCACAACGGGAGGGAAACUUCUGUUUUUAUUUUCCACUGCCAGCGUUUAAAAGAAAAACACACGAGAGAGGGGGGAAAAAUGUGUUUUUUUCUACUGUUUGCAUGUGUGAGAGUUUUUUUAAAAAAAUCGUCGCGUAUUAUUACGGUCUAAACAACAAAAGAAAGAAAGCGUUUUGACAUAACGAAAAAGUGGGACCCCCCCCACCCCCAACCGCCUUGCACCCUCUUUCUGUUGAGGUUUUCGAGAACCUCCCUUUCCCCUCCCCCAGUGACUUACGGGCAGCAGGAGAUCGGGCGGGGGCCGACCUGUAAAUGGUUCGUCUUUAAAAUGUACAUAUGUGGAACAUUUAAUAAAGCAGGGAAAUGGAUUUAUAAA